CCCCUUCCAUGGGUGCCGCGCUCUCCUGCAGCCGCCGCCGCCGCCGCCGCGGAGCGGGCGCGAUGCCACUAUGGGCUUGAUCUGGCUCCUGCUGCUCAGCCUGCUGGAGCCCGGCUGGCCCUCAGCUGGCCCCGGGGCGCGGCUGCGGCGCGAUGCGGGCGGCCGCGGCGGCGUAUACGAACACCUCGGCGGGGCGCCCCGGCGCCGCAAACUCUACUGCGCCACCAGGUACCACCUCCAACUGCACCCGAGCGGCCGCGUCAAUGGCAGCCUGGAGAACAGCGCCUACAGCAUCCUGGAGAUAACCGCAGUGGAGGUGGGCAUCGUGGCCAUCAGGGGGCUCUUCUCCGGGCGGUACCUGGCCAUGAACAAGAGGGGCCGGCUCUACGCUUCGGAGCACUACAACGCUGAGUGUGAGUUUGUGGAGCGGAUCCACGAGCUGGGCUAUAACACGUACGCCUCCCGGCUGUACCGGACAGUGCCCAGCGGGUCUGGGGCCCGGCGGCAGCUCAGUGCUGAGAGACUGUGGUACGUGUCUGUGAAUGGCAAGGGCCGGCCCCGCAGGGGCUUUAAGACGCGCCGUACACAGAAGUCCAGCCUGUUUCUGCCUCGCGUGCUGGACCACAAGGACCACGAGAUGGUGCGGCUUCUUCACAGCCACUCAGCCAGGCCCCCGGGCAGGGGGGUCCAUCCAGGGAGGCCACAAGGCUCAAAGCCCACACGUGUCCCAGCCCCACAGCUGGGUGCCAGGCACACGGCCUGGGUGGCCUAG